AUGACUGAAUUAACAAAUGGCAAUGCGUCUUCAUCCUCAGCUGCUGUAAAUACAUCAUCGGCCGGUGGAUCUUCAACAAAUGCUGGUAGUGGAUCAACAUCAAAAAGUAAAAAAUCUUCAUCAACAACCAAAAAAGGUGAAAAUAAAAAAAGUAGUCCACCAAAUCAUCCGAAAUAUUCAGUUAUGAUUAAACAAGCGUUAACUCAUCUCAAUGAUCGUCAGGGUUCAUCAAAAUCGGCUAUCUUAAAAUACAUUCAAGCAAAUUAUAAAGUUGAUCCAGUUAAUUCAAAUAAUCAUCUCAAGUAUGCCUUGAAAGCGGCCAUCACAAAUGGUACAUUAAAACAAACGAAAGGUACUGGCGCUGCGGGUAGUUUUAAACUCGGCGAAAAGAAAACUACGAAGAAAGCCGCUUCUACAAAAAAAGCAUCAACAGGUGCAGCUGGAACUACCAAGAAAAAAACAUCUGCAAAGAAAACUGUGUCACCGAAAAAACCCAAAUCCUCAACAUCUUCGGCUGGUACAAAGAAACGUUCGGCAUCACCAUCAAAAUCACGUUCAAAAUCUCCGACAAAAAAGAAAGCAGUUACAGCAACAACUAAAGCAAAACCAGUCUCUGCAUCAGCAGCAGCAACAACGCCGCGUCAGUCAAAACCAAAAACAAGCGCGUCGACAAAAACUACUACAAAACCAAAAGCUGCUUCGAAGAAGAAAACUGCCUCCCCAUCAACCAAACCAAAAUCUUCGACUGCUACGAAAAAAGCUUCCCCGAAAAAGAAAUCGACAACGACGAAAAAAACAAACAAGUCAGGCAAAGCUAAACCCAAACUCUCCACUAAAAAAGCAUCAUAG